CGCGGCUUCCCAUGCAGACAGCAUCCGGUCCCCUAGUCUGCUUGUACAAUCGACUGUAAUGGUCCGUGCCUAGACCAUCCAAUCCAGGUUCAACCUCUUCUUACGAAACUAUCGAGUUUGGGCAACCCUCGGAGGGCUCGGCAUGGCCAGUAAUCCAUCAUUACGGUGAUCUGAGUUACUCGCGACGACUCAAAACGAUGCACGUCGGUCGGUAUAAAGGAGGUCAGACGAAGGCUACCAGAUCCAUACGCGCGCCAUUCCCCGCACGGAACGCACUGUCUUCCACCCACCCUACACUAUCUGUGGGCCCUAUCACGAGCAACACUUCCACUUGAACCACCAGGAUGUCUUGCCCCGAUUGUGUUACUGGUUCCGUCCACCAAGGAACUCCCACGGGGACGGAGGUCAAGGUUGGCGACAUCGACACCUAUGCCGUCGGCCCGGAGGAUUCGAAGCGAAUCAUCGUCAUCGGUGUGGACAUCUUUGGGUGGAAAUUCGUGAACACGCGCCUGCUCGCGGACGAGUAUGCUUCUGCGGGCUUCAGAGUGCUCAUCCCUGAUCUCUUCAGUGGCUGGGAACUCCCACACUGGACCCUGAAUGCCAACGACCCGACCAACGACAAGAAGUCACUCUUCACGCGCUACGUCGCCGUCCCCACCUCCCUCUUCUUGCUCGUCCCCUUCGUCAUAAGCAACCAGCCAAAGCAGGUGGGUAUCAUCACCAAGCUCACGUCCGCCCUGCGGUCGGCGCACACCGACGCAAAGAUCGGUUACGUCGGCUUCUGCUGGGGCGGCCGCUUUGCGAUCACGCAAAACGCGCUUUUCGACGCGACCGUCGCGUGUCACCCGUCGCUGGUCAAGUUCCCCGCGGAGCUUGACGCGAUCUCGAAGCCGUUCAGCCUCGCGGUCGCGGCAAGUGACAAGCACUACGACGGAAAGCGCGCGGACGAAACGAAGAAGAUCCUAGAGGGGAAGGGGCUGAAGGACGUAGAGGUCAGGGUGUACGAGGGCGUGAAUCACGGGUGGACAAGUCGCGCAAACCUGAGCGCGGAGGUGCAGGCAAAGGCGAAGGAGGAGGCGGUGCGACAGGUUGUGGGCUGGUUUGAGAAGUACUUGAUCCAAAGUGCCGAUCCCGCGGCGCCUGGAAACCUUGAAGCUGAGUCCAUAUCUGCACCUGUGUUUUGAGAGAUAUCGG